CCACAUAACGCAUCAACUUUUUCAUUCGUUUUUUUUUUUUUUUUUUUGUCAUUUCUCGUUGUUCUCUCGGGAAAUUUCGUCGCUUUUGCAUGAAGAUACUCAACUAAGCAGCAUCUAAGAAAGCUUCUCAACUUUUUUGCCCCUUGGAAAUUAGUUCAACGCCGAAGUUUUUAUGCGGCCAUUAAUUCUCCCGUUUGCCAUUUACAGCCGAAGGGAUGGCAAAUGAUGCUCGAUCUAGUUGCAAAAUUAAGGAUAAUGACAGUAACAGUUCCAAAGGGAGGCAUAGCGUUGGCAAAGAAUCGAGUACCUCGGGCUCCACAACAUUAGAUACAUCUGGUUUGAGAAGGUCUACUAGAGAAGCAUCAUUGAAGAGCAAGAUGAUUCCAAGCCCUCAAAGUACUCGAAAAUCUGAGCGUCUUGAUAAGCAGAUGCCAACUACUCCUUCAAUUAAGAGGAAAUCUGAGAGAAUUGAAAAUAAGGGGACGCCAAGUCCUCCUUCAAUCAAGAGGAGAUCUGAGAGAAUUGAGAAUAAGGGGAUGGCAAGUCCUCCUUCAAUCAAGAGGAAAUCUGAGAGAAUUGAGAAUAAGGGGAUGACAAGUCCUUUGAGAGGGGCUGAGAGGAGUAAGAAGAUCUCCUUGUCAAGUUCUUCUGGAUCAAAAAACUCUGAUAAAAGCUUGAGGUUAACAGAUAUUAAGCAGAAAAAGGAAAAGCGUGUGAAACUGUUGACGCUGGAAACUAAAGAGAUUGGAAAAAGUGAAAAAAAGGAUUUGAAAUCUGAACCUGCAAAAAAUAGGAGAAUGGAUGCUCGUGCUUAUAGGGCAUUGUUUAAAAAACAAUCAAAGAAAGUUACAGCAGCAGCAAAUCACGAGGAGUGGAAUAGGCUGGAUAAGUCCUCCCAGGGAGGUAGCGGUAAUCGUGGGGGUGAAGUUGAUGGAGUUGAUGAGUGCAGUGAAAAGAGAGAGCAGGAACUGAGAGAAGAAUCUGUUGGGAGAUCUUGUGACACAGCAUUGGUGAGAUCAGAUUCUAAUGUGCAUAAAUUCUUAAACGAAACAUUAGAAGAUAACAGGGCAGUAGAAUCGUCCCACCCAAGUCAGAGGCAUAUUUCUGUGGACUUAGCUAGUGUGUCUUUAGAUGGAGAUGGCAUGGAUGUUUUUAAGAGUGGUGAUUCUCAGCAGUCAUCCUAUGAUGCCUUGGUCAGAGAGAUGAUUAAUGAUCGUGAAAAUUUACUGGUGGAUGGCUCUGUAGAGGAGAAACUGCAAACAACGAAGUUGACCGCAUUUAAUGAGAAGACACUUGACAGUAAUUUGGAAAAGUACCAGGAAUUAAUAACUUUAAAUAGAAAAAGAAAGGCAGUGGAUAUGGAUUCUGAUGCUUCUGCAAUAAUUGCAAGUAAAGAUAUCUGCACCCCAAUUGCUGAUUCUGUCCCUUCAUCGCCACCUGGGCGUGAAAGAAACAAUCUUGAUGAGACGUGUGGCAGUUGUUGUAAGAGACAAAGAGUUGAUGAUGAUUCAACAAAGGAGCAGUACUGUUCUUGCAACACGAAGUUAAACUGGGAGUUAUCUGACAUCUCUAUCAAUAAGGAUAGAGGGAAUCCUGAAGCUGCUGUUAUGGUUGGUUAUUCUGGAAAGUGCAUCAAUUGUUUGCAGCAAAAGGAGUCUUCUGUAGAUCUUCAAUCAGAAAGUGACCAAAAUACAUGCGUCGUCUGCAAGCUUGGUGGGAAGCUCUUGUGCUGCGAUGGAAAAGGGUGCAGAAGAGGAUACCAUCCUUCUUGUCUAAAUCCUCCUUUUAACAUUCUCCUUUCCCUAGGAGUUUGGCACUGUAUUUCAUGUGUUAGAAAGAAGAUUGAAUCUGGCGUGCAUUCUGUGUCAGAAGGAAUAGAAUCUAUUUGGGAUGAAAGAGAAGUAGAGGUGCCAGAUGUUAAUGGUUUGCAAAAGCAGAAGCAGUUUUUUGUUAAAUACAAAGGUCUUGCUCAUGUUCAUAAUUGUUGGGUGUCAGAAAGACAGCUACUUCUUGAAGCCCCAUGGCUUAUUGAGAAAUUCACCCAAACAAAACAGAUCACGAGGUGGAAGCAUGAGUGGAGUCUCCCACACCGCUUGCUACAAAAAAGAUUUUUAAUGUCUUCCAGACAGUUUAAUGAAUGUCAUGAGGGUCAUGAUGGUGAUAGUCUACACGGCCAUUGCGAAUGGCUUGUGAAAUGGCGUGGUCUAAAUUAUGAACAUGCAACAUGGGAGUUGGAGAGUGCUUUAUUUUUACAUUCACCUGAAGGUCAGAGCCUAAUUCAAGAUUAUGAAACUCGUCGAGGGAAGAGACCACAGAGAAAAAAAAGUUCUUUAGAUAAGUUAUCGCAGCUGACGACUGGAGGUUCACCUGGGUUUGAUAAUAAUCAUCUGUCAUACGUUAACAAGCUGCGUGAGUUUUGGGACAAAGGCCGGAAUGCAGUUGUUAUUGAUGAUCAGGAACGGAUUAUAAAGGUGACUGCAUUUAUCUUAUCUUUGCAGCCUGAUGUUUGUCGACCAUUUCUCAUCGUCUCAACUUCUGCGGCACUAUAUUCUUGGGAUCAGGAAUUCUUGCGUUUGGCACCACCUCUUGAUGUUGUGGUUUAUGGUGGAAACAAAGAUAUGCGUGAAAGUAUUAGGGCACUGGAGUUUUAUGACCAGGGCGGUUGCCCAUUGUUUCAUGUACUCAUAACCACACCAGAAGUUAUAAUGAUGGAUAUUGAUGUGUUGGAAUGCAUACGCUGGGAAGCAGUAAUUGUCGAUGAGUGUCAACACUCUGUAAUUUCUUUACAUAUGGAACACAUCAAGGUGCUGUAUGCUGAUAGGAGACUUUUUGUUGUCAAUGGUCAACUAAAGGAUACCAAGGAGGACUACCUUAAAUUGCUGUCUUUGCUUGAUUCCCAGAGUGAUUUGAAUAACAGUGCAUUAAUAACCUGUUCCAAUGACAAUAUCAGUAAAUUGAAGGAGAGGUUGUCAAGUUAUAUUGCAUAUAAUAAAUCCAAGUUAGACUAUUCUAGGUUUUUGGAGUAUUGGGUACCUGCACAGUUAUCCAAUGUGCAGAUUGAGCUGUAUUGUGCUGCCCUACUCUCGAACUCCAUGGCACUUCGCUCAUUUUCAAAGAAUGGCUCUGAGGCUAUCCGUGAUAUUCUCAUCUCUUCCCGGAAGUGCUGUGAUCAUCCUUAUAUUGUGGAUCCAUCCCUACAAAUCUUGCUCACUAAAGGCCUUCAAGAAGUUGCGUUUUUGGAUGUUGGAAUAAAAGCAAGUGGAAAGCUACAACUUCUUGACAUGAUGCUUAUGGAGAUGAGAAAUCGAGGUUUAAGAGUACUUAUUCUUUUUCAGUCAAUUAGUGGUUCUGGAAGGAAUUCUCUUGGAGAUAUAUUGGAUGACUUCCUACGGCAAAGAUUUGGUCUAGAUUCAUAUGAACGCCUUGAAAUGGGUGUUCUUCCUUCUAAGAAGGGAGCUGCUUUGAACAGGUUCAACGACAAGGAGUCUGGGAGAUUUGUGUUUUUAUUGGAAUCCCGUGCUUGUUUUUCCAGCAUCAAACUGUUAUCGGUUGAUUCUGUGAUCAUUUUUGAUAGUGACUGGUCCCCCAUCAAUAAUUUAAAAGCUCUGCAGAGGAUAUCACUCGAUUCACAGUUUGAGCAGAUAAAAGUAUUCCGGCUGUAUUCAUCCUUUACUGUGGAGGAAAAUGUUCUAAUCCUUGCGAAGCAAAAUAAGUUCAUUGAUAGCUUACAGAACAUAAGCCGGAGUACUUGUCAUAUGCUGCUGAUGUUGGGGUUAUCCCAUUUAUUUGAUAGUUUGGAUAAGUUUCAUGGUGCCAAUACCCCAGCCUCUGCGGCAAGUAUUUCGUCUGAACAAUCACUUUUGAAAGAUGUAGUGCAGGAGUUUUUGUCCAUACUUCUUGAGAAUGGUGAAGAAACUGCCACAAGUAGCUCAUCUAUAAUUUUGAAAGCCCAACAAGUUGGAGGAACCUAUAGCACGAGUUCUCCAUUGCCUGGUGAGCUUACAGUUCCACUGUUGGAUGAAUCGCUACCCCAAAUAUUUUGGACAAAGUUGUUGGAGGGAAAGCAGCCUCGGUGGAAAUAUCAUUCUGUUUCAACUCAGAGGAGUCGUAAAAGGAUUCAACCUGAGUUAUCAAAGAGACCAGAAGUUGAGAGUGAUGUUGUAAAGAAGCAGAAGGUGCUCAAUAAUAACAUUGAUCCGCCUUCUCUGAAAUCUGGAUUAGAGAAAAGAGUAAUUGCUGGGGACAAGGAAGGUUUGGAUACUGCGAGUCAGUCGAAUGAUAACCUUCAUGCACACCAUGCUCCUACUGCACCUCGGUUGCCUAAUUUUAUCUCAGAAUUCUUGGGAGGUAUUAAGAUUGAAUUUGACAAGCGAAGAAAGCUGGGUAAUGCACAGAGUAGUCUCCAUCUUCUUCUGAAGCCACAGAUAGAAAAACUUUGCCAAAUUCUACAAUUCUCUGGGGAUGUCAAGGACAUGGUUGAAAAGUUUCUCGAAUAUGUUAUGAAUAAUCAUUCUGUCAACCGAGAACAAGCGACUAUGUUGCAAGCUUUUCAGAUAUCUCUGUGUUGGACUGCAGCUUCCUUGCUAAAGCACAAAGUUGACCAUAAAGAAUCUCUUGCACUUGCAAAACAGCAUCUAAAUUUUCUCUGCAACAAAAUAGAGGUGGACUAUGUUUACUCAUUGUUGCGGUGUCUGAAGAACAUAUUUUUAUACCGUACAGGGAAUUUACAAAUUGCAGACUAUCCCAAUGUUUCCAACUUACCAACAAAAGGUGUUACAAAGGACCACUCACCUACAAGGCUUCCACAGUCAACAAAAUCUAACCUGCAAAAGGAGAAGGCAGAGGUUAAAGCCUGGUUACAGCAUCUAGAAUGUUCUGAUAAACAUGUCCUUCUACGGCCUGGAUUGGUGCUAGAAUUGAAACUGGCACUAAAAGAUGCUUUGAAAAGUAUCAAAGAAAUUCAAAAGAAGUGUAACAAGCAGUGGAACAAACUGAUUCAGAAGCAACAAGAAGAAAAGGAUGAGAUUAAGAGAACUACUGAGGAACAGAAGGCACAGCUUGAAAAAGAGCGAAGAAUGAAAUAUGCUAUAAUCCGUACUAUGCACAGUAAUGUUUCUAUGAGAAUAGACAAGCUUAAGAUAUUGGAUAAUGAAUAUGAUAAAAGAAUUGAGUUACUGCAACAACAGAUGGAGAAACGCCUAAAGCAUCUUGAGGAAGUGCAGCUGGUUGCUAGGAGAAAGUUGCUUGAGAGGAAGGACCACUGGGUGGAAGAAGUGAAAUCCUGGGCUCAAGUUGAACUGUUAUAUAAGAUAUCUUCAAAUGAACCUGGAAAUGGGGUGAAAUGCUUGAAGACUUGUGAACGAGUUACAGCUCUUGAUAGUCCCAAGAGCGUUUCAAUUGCUUCUGGUCAUCUUUCAGAAGAACAUAGUUCUGACAGAACUGUACAUGCCUUACCCGGUAAUGGAUUGGGAUUAUCUGGAACUCCAGAACCUGUUCCUACAAAAGCUUUUACAGCUCUUGAUAGUCCCAAGAACAUUUCAAUUGCUUCUGGUCAUCUUUCAGAAGAACGUAGUUCUGAUAUAACUGUAAAUGCUUUACCAGGUAAUGGAUUGGGAUUCUCUGGAAGUCCAGAACCCGUUCCCAAGAAAGCUGUAGUAUGUAGCAGUGCUGUUGAAACUCCAGCUCACCUGUGUGGGCCUGAUAGUGUGAGUGAUGAAUUAAAUAUCAUGGCUUCUGUGGGUGUGACGCUUACUGGGUCUGAGAACUGCAAUGGAGCUGGCAGUUCAGGUGAUGAUCAAGUUAAUUUUGACUCUGUUGAUUCUUGUGGCAAAGAGCGUAGUCCUGAUGAAUUAAAUACCAUGGCUUCUGUGGGUGUGGCACUUACUGGGUCUGAGAACUACAACGGAGCUGGCAGUUCAGGUGAUGAUCCAGUUAAUUUUGACUCUGUUAAUUCUUGUAGAAAAGAGCAUAAUCCUGAUGAUUUAAAUACCAUGGCUUCUGUGGGUGUGGCACUUACUGGGUCUGAGAACUGCAAUGGAGCUGGCAGUUCAGGUGAUUAUCCAGUUAAUUUUGACUCUGUUAAUUCUUGUGGCAAAAAGCAUAAUCCUGAUGAAGUCGUCUGUAGCAAUCCAGACACCGAAGUCCCAAGGGAAGUGCCUGUAACUAUCAGUUCCAGUGAGGGCACUGAGAAGUUUCCUACAAGUCCUUCGUCUGGAGAACAACUGGCUGAAGGAUCCUGUGUCCCAGAUGAAGGGAUCGCUAUAAGGGUGUCAGAGACUGUCAGUUCCAAUGAUGAUCUUGAGAAUCUUUUCUUAGUCAGUGCACCUCCGUCUGAUGAACAAAUUCCUGAUGGAGCCAAAUCAAGCAUGCCUGAUAGAGAAACUCAACUGGGAGUGUGUGAAACUGCUCCUCAUAAAGGAGUAGAGGUUGAUAAAACCAACAAUCAGAAUGGAGCGUCUUAUGUUGCCUCAGAAAAUAAACUAGGUUCCAUUUUAGAUAGGUUUUCGGUCUUAAUCAAAAUAGGUCAGGGUCCUACAGUUGACCACCAGGAUGUAUUAAGUGAUGCUAUCAAGGAGAGGACUCGUUCUCAGGAGCUUUCUCUGGAAAAUUCUCCUACAGUGCAGCCCACGACAACCAUGGCUCAAGGUGGUCCUGUGCCAUUCUCUCAGGCAGUCCAAGAUGAAUGUACUCCACCAUCCACAUCUGCCCAUACGCCCAUUGGAGACACACUGGCUAACGAGAUGCAGAAUACUUCACAAGAAGUUGAACCUUCAGGAUCCCAUCGGGUUGAUGCUGGGCCCUCUAAUCAAUUGAAUCAUGAAGCACCUGCAAUUGAGCCUGUACAGCAGAUACAGCUGUUAUCAUCUGCAGAUUCACAUUCUGGAAACAAUACUUCUGAUUUACUUUCAGAUGGUGGAGUUGAACAUCAGCUAAACUUUGAAGGCCAUACAUCCAACCAACUUACUCAGACUCCUACGCAAUUAGGUGAAAACCUUAUCGAGUUUCCAGAUCAAGCUGUUAUGCAACCAUCAACUUCUUAUGCAUUGUUGUUGCCCAUUGAGGCACCUGUCAGUGGCUUGGGGACACAUUUUUCAGAUACAAGGACUAUGCCCAUCGCAACAGAUAUUAUUAAUCCUCCUAUACAAACUGCACCCCCAGUGGCAUCCUGCAUGCCUAUGUUUUUCUAUCCAGACCCGCUUCAAACUGAGUUGGAAAGAAUUCGUAAAGAAACCGACCAAUUUAUCAAAAUUCAUGAAGAUACAAAGUUGCAGCUCAAGUCUGAUUGCGAGAAGGAGAUUGAGGAAGUUGUUGCUCAAAUUCGUAGAAAAUAUGAGACUAAAAUUCGGGAUAUGGAAGCUGAAUUUCUUGUUAAAAAGAGGGAAAUGGAUGCAAAUCAUAAUGGAGUUCAGAAUAGUAAAUUUUUGGCUGAGGCUUUCAGGUUUAAAUGCAUGGAUCUCAGAGGACCUGGUCCAUCAGGAAUGCAGCAAGAUGUGCAUUCAAGUUUAAUGCAGCACCUGGUUCAGUCAAGGAUACAGCAAACUGUGCAAGGAUCUUUUAUUUCUGUUCCGUCCUCGGCCAGCAUUUCGGCACCUAGCCUUCAGACUACCAGUGCACCUGCAUCCAACCUUCAGAGAACCAGCGCACCUGCAUCCAACCUUCAGAGAACACCACCACAUUUAACACCCCCACAUUUGGGUGGCCCGCAUAUUACAUACCCACCUGUCCAGGCUUUUCACCAUCCAUCUGCAUCUCUUUCUAGCAUUCCUCCAAUUACUAUCUCCAUCUUCCCUCCUCCCUCAGGAAAUCUUCGGGUUGGCAGUGAAAUACGUGCUCCAGCCCCACACCUGCUUAGGUCUACAGCCAUGGCUGCAACAAGUCUGCCUUCUCUUUCACGUGGGCAGCCUAGUCACCAGGCACCUAGCAACACUGCUACAACCUUGACCUCACUUCCCCAUCCUCCACCCAUAGCAGAAGCGCCUGCAUACUUAUAUGGUCCUCACAAUAGGCCCCAGCUGCAUGAAACUGUAGCCAGGUCUUCAUAUCUUCCUACAUCUCUACCUCCCUUUGAUCUUCUCAUGGACAUUGUCAGCCCAAAUCUGCCAGAUUUGCUCCAACAACCAGAUUUGCGCACGUACUCCAACUCCCUGAAUCGAUCUGCUCCAACAACUAGUACGGUGGUUAAUGCUGUACGUACAGGUGGAGGCCCUGACCUUGUUUGUUUAUCAGAUGAUGACUAGCAGUAGCUGGGUAUAUAAUAUUUUGUGACACUAACUCCCCGCCAUCAAAUACGUAUUGAAGAAUUUUGCAUUUGAGAAACUGACUUUUUUCCUGAAGAGAACUUGUGGAGAGAGAUGGCCUAGUGAGAAGGCAGAAAUGAGGAACCACUAAUUCUCGAAAUUUUGUGUUGUAGAAUGUAAGAUACUUUGGUCUUACGUUGUUGAAAUGGUUGGUCUGUACAUAGGUGAUAUGUAGAGAAUGUUUGAGAUAUUAAUUUAUCUGAAAAAAAUGCAAUGCAUGUUUCGAAAAUGUGUAUGAUAUUCCUUCAUUUGACAUGGCGAGUAGGAGAAGCUUCUAGGUGUGGAUUUCUUACUAAUUUUAUGAAGGGGUCUCUAUGGUACAUUCUGC